AUGACGAUCUAUUACACGCUCACCUUCAUGCUCCUGGCGGCCGAGAUGGCCACCUUCGUGCUCUUCGUCGCCCCUCUACCGUUCGCAGUCCGGAAACGGUUCUUCGGUUUCCUUGCGAGCAGUCCUAUCAUUGCCAAACUCGCAUACGGGUUGAAGAUAUCAUUCAUAUUCAUCGCCAUUCUAUUCGUGGAUGCGCUUCAACGCAUGUUCCGGGUGGCGACCGAAGUUGAAGCAGCAAAAUCAGGACAAGGAAUGCAGGAUGUCCGCACCGAGACCAACUUCGCCGCACGUAAAUUCUACGCCCAACGCAACGUGUACCUUACUGGGUUCUGCCUCUUCCUCUCCGUCGUACUCACCCGGGUAUUCUACAUCAUCCAAGACCUCAUCCACACCCAGGAUGAGUACGCAAAGCUGAAGAAGGCGACUGCUGGAAACACGCGGGAGACGGGCGAUGCUAGCAAGCAAAUUGAGGAUCUGAAGAAGCAGCUUGCUGAGAAGGACAGGAAGAUCCGCGAUUUUGACACGCUCAAGAAGCAGGCGAACCAGCAGGCUGCGGAGUACGACAGGCUCGCCGAACAAUAUAACAAGGAGACUGGCAAGACCUCCAACAAGCGCAAGGACUAA